AGUGCUCUAAGGAGGGUGUGUGACGCGCGGCCCAGCACCCUCGACCGUGUCCGCCUGACUGACAGGUGACCUCUCUUGCUCGGGAUUGUACCUGCCUUCGGCCCCGACCUCCGCCCGUGUGAUCGUGGAUUAUAUGUUGUGUCGUUCAGAGAAUGCCCGGCUGGCAGUGGCCAGGAGUGUGAAGUUGCAGUGAGCUGCCACCCCGGCGGUGGUCGUCAAUGCUGUACACGGACCCGCGCCAGGACAAGAUGGCUUUAGUCGUGCCCCCCGGGUCCACGUGGCGAGACCCGCCCGUGUCUCUGCCGCCCACCACGGGGGAAGACGUGACCCGCGAGCUGGGCGCGAGUGUGACCCCGCAGCCCAAUGCCCCGCAGACGCCCACGCCCAACUCGACGGCGGGCAGCGCGCCCUCGUCCGCCCCGAGCCCCACAGGCGACGACAAGAACGCCCAGAACAUGACCUGCGUGGUGUGCGGCGACAAAAGCUCAGGGAAACACUAUGGCCAGUUCACCUGCGAAGGGUGCAAGAGCUUCUUCAAACGAUCAGUCCGCCGGAACCUGCAAUAUUCAUGCAGGGGCAACCGAAACUGCCCCAUUGACCAACACCACCGUAAUCAGUGCCAAUACUGUCGUCUCAGGAAGUGCUUUAAAGUCGGAAUGAGGAGAGAAGAAAAAAAUAAUGGGCAGCACCUCCUUCUCAUCAGCAGCUCAAACUACCCCCUCGACAAGCUGCCGGCCGAACAAGCGGUCCAGCGCGGGCGCAUCCCCCCGUCGCAGGGCAUGGGCAUGCCGGGCCAGUUCAUGGCCAACGGGGACUCCCUGAACGGACACACGUACCUCUCGUCGUACAUCUCCCUCCUGCUGCGCGCCGAGCCCUUCCCCACCUCGCCCUACGGCCAGUGCAUGAACGCCAACAACAUCAUGGGCGUCGAUAACAUCUGCGAGCUGGCGUCGCGGCUGCUGUUCUCGGCCGUCGGCUGGGCCAAGAACAUCCCCUUCUUCCCGGAGCUGCAGGUGACCGACCAGGUGGCGCUGCUGCGGCUCGUCUGGUCCGAGCUGUUCGUGCUCAACGCCUCCCAGUGCUCCAUGCCCCUGCACGUGGCGCCGCUGCUCGCCGCCGCGGGCCUGCACGCCUCCCCGAUGGCGGCCGACAGGGUGGUGGCCUUCAUGGACCACAUCCGCAUCUUCCAGGAGCAGGUCGAGAAGCUGAAGGCGCUGCACGUCGACUCGGCAGAGUACUCGUGCCUCAAGGCGAUCGUCCUCUUCACCUCAGACGCAUGCGGCCUGAGCGACCUGGCCCACAUCGAAGGCCUGCAGGAGAAGUCCCAGUGCGCCCUCGAGGAGUACUGCAGGACCCAGUACCCGAACCAGCCCACCCGCUUCGGCAAGCUCCUCCUGCGGCUGCCUUCGCUGCGGACCGUCUCGUCCUCGGUGAUCGAGCAGCUGUUCUUCGUCAGGCUGGUCGGGAAGACGCCCAUCGAGACGCUCAUCAGGGACAUGCUGCUCUCCGGAUCGACCUUCAACUGGCCGUACAUGGGCAGCAUGUGACAGGCAGCUCUGGGCACGAAUCCCACCCUUCCUCCGGGGACCGUGCCCACGUCGGCUGCUUCUCACGCCCUCACCUCCGCCGCCCACGCCCUCACGUCCGUCGCCCACGGCCAGACCUCGGCGCACGCCCACACGCCCGUCUCCU